UCAGUUCGGUGCGCGUUCUCUUGGUCCAACGGUGUGGUCCAACGGUGCUCCCGGUCAUCCCGGAGUGGAAUGGUUUUGAUGAACCGUUCUGUUACCAUCAUCUUGUAUCUUGUUGGACUUAUCUGGGGAGGCGGGGUACGGUCGUCUUGCCCAGACAUCUUCCCAGCACCGUGUGCCAUCGGAACCGCUGUGAACGGGACGCGAAACGUGGAACUCCGAAAGGACCACCGACAAAGUAGUAGCAAAACUCUGCGCUGAUUGCUGUUUUGUGCAAAAACGUCCUCCGCCCAACGGUUGGUGGUGGUGCCUAGGCCAAACCAAAAGUGACACCAGCGGCUCUUUGUUUGUAUGAUUUCGUGUGCAAAAGUGUCAAUUUGUCGAUCUGCCACUCCGUCGUUGCCGUUAGGCCCGCUAGGGUUUCCCGUUUAACUCUCAGUAGGCGUGAUUUGAUUAGUGGCGAAUUGUGUGCGGAUGUGUGUGCGUGUGGACGCGUCCGCAAAAUACCCCGUUGCAAUCAAGUAGACCGUGAAGACCUAGCCGGGAGGUUUUGAUUGUGGGGAGCCAUCUGUGGAAGGGCACCAAAAGUGAACAAAAGGGGAGAUGUUUUUCGGGCACACCACAAAAGCGGUACUCAACGCCACACUAACGAGAGACAAAUUCGUGUAAUUUUUCCUCCCUGUUUUGCCAGUGCUAAAAUAUUCGUAUCUCUGUCCUGUGUAACGGGAAGAAGCAGCGAAAGUGUUUUCCAGCUUCGCCCUUUGAUGUGCGUGAUUGAUGGUGUGAGUCGGUGCGACAAUGGACGAAAUCAAAAAGUGAAACUAACCGUUGCGAACGUAAAAAGUGCGAAACAAAUUGCAAAACUGUCGCCCGGAAAAUGUGUAGCCCGGCAAUGAACAUCCAGAACAUUUGCCCAGCCCAGCAACAGCCCAGCGCGUCCGGCCUCAGUGCCGGUGCCGGUGAGGACGACGAAGGGGAAGGCUGUAGCAUUUGAAAGGUUUGCUGCGGAAAAGGAAACGGCAAACGCCUUCAUCCAUCCGAAACUUCCCUGCUCUGAAAAGCUCACCAGUACGUACACUUUCAGAAGUUACUUACACCCAUUUACAAAGAGUUCUCACGGGCGUUUUGCCCCCUCCAUUUUAUAUUGAGAAGUAUUCAAGUAAGAAGGAAUAUUGUAUCCUUCCUUGUCGAAUGAACUUUCGCUCUAUCUUCCUGCUUUUCAUCGAUGUUCGUGGCCAUGCACACUUGACGGCGUUGUGAAACUGUACACGUGUACCUACUUCUACCGAAACACGGGCAGCUCUUUCGACGAGCAGGCGCUGUUACUCUGCGUAGCGUGCAUUGAACGUGUGGCUGCAGUUAAAUAUUUACCAAACGCUUGUCCUGGAAACUGUGUCAUCGUCAGGAAGCGACGAUCAUCUUCGAUCUAUCACACACACACUGCAGCUUGUUCGAUCUUCUGUUACAUCCGAGACGAUCGAGUCAACCGAUGAUCGUCCGUCGUGCAGCGAUCGGGCCGAAUCGCUCCAAUCUCGGGCAAUCGGGACGCUACACCAACACUUUGCUAUGAAAAUUUCAUCCUCCACGUUUUAUUGCUAGCCGUUGGAGCUAGUUUUCCGUCGUACGGCGUACCGGUUGGAUCGGUAAAGUUUUCCACAAACGUGGCGUGUGUCACGUUCGUGAUUUUCGUGUGCUUUGUGUAAAACAAAUCGGUAGCCAACUACAUUUGUUUUACUACGGUGCUAGUGUUAAGAAAGUGAGACAAACAGCAACCAGAUUUGUAUGCUUCAAUGUGUACAAUUCAUCGGCAGAAGGUGAUACCCGCCAUUUUAUUAUCAGUGCAAGUAAAAAACCUCAUGGCAGAAAUAGCUCUAUGCAAUUUUGAAGAAUAUUACAAACAAGUAACGGUCCAAUGUGUGUUUGUGUUAAUGUGAAGAUCAGUUUGUAGUGUGCACCGUACAGUUACUGUGAGUGACCCUCAUUUUGUUCCUAAUUAGUGAAAAGAAGAAGAAGAAACAACCGAUCCUUUGUGAUACUGCUUCAGUUGCGUUCCUUUUUACGCGUUUAUAGUACCCCGAUCGGGGAGUAUUAAUAUACGCGAGCUCGAGCCUCUGCGUGUGAUCGAGUGCAAGAGCAAGAGUGUCGUGCAAGGAAACCUCAUAUCCCAUACAUCCCCAAGUGCAUUAGUGUUUGUGUGCAAGGGCUUCAAAGGUCAGUGCCCAUUUUUUUGUGUUUGUGCCACAACGUAACACGAAACACAUAAACAAAGUAUUGUUCCAGCUAGUGGACAAAAUGCUCAACGACAGCAGCACGACGGCAAUCGCGCAAUGACGGCUGAAAAUGUACUGCAAACAGUACAUCCUCAUCAUCAUCAUUAGUACCACUACCACCACCACCACCACCACAACUAUCAUACCGGGCGCGUAGAAACCGGUAGUUUGUCAACCGCGUUCUGUAUGCCAAAAUCAGCUCGCAUAACCAAUUGGCAAGCAUAAAACGUAUAUUUAUUGCAUCAUCCCCAUUCGCACACGUUUAGAGCAUUAGAGUGCAGGGUAGACAGGCACAAAGAAAAUCGAGAGAGAGAGAGAAAACCAAGCGCAACAAAUCCCAACCCCCAUCUCCCACCGCACCAUCAUCAUUAAGAUUUUCCCCACAAAACGUUUCACGCUCUCGCACCGGUGUGCCGACGGCACACAAGUCCGUUCGACCCAUCUCACUGUGCGGACCCAAGCAGUAGCGAACACGUAGAGCCAUCAUCUGCCAUCAUCAUCUGCCACCGCUUCAACUAGCACAAGACUGCGUCCGAACCUGACCCGAAGUCCCGCAAAAUUAUCAACCGGGUGUCGUCCAAAACAUACACACAAAUAUUCCACGAUUGCCUUCAUACCAAACCAAAGAUAAACCCGUUGGACGCGUGUGAUCCAUAUUGGAUCUAAGGUCCGGGUGUGUAACCCAUUUUUUGGAUAAAUUAUUAGCAAUCAGAAGAAGCGGAGAGAGAACGAUAAAGAGAGCGAGAAGCAAAGAUAUACAAAUCCCUUCAAGUCUUUCCCUGUUUGUUGGUUGGAUUUAGACUUUGAAGGCCUCGCUACUCCUACUCCAAGGGCAGUAAAUUAAAUCGCCGCAAACACAAACCCUGCUCUCAGGUCUCUAGUACUACUGUCAGGAAUAGUACGUCACCCCCUGGCGACUACCCGUUUGCCGCCACUUCCUUACCAGAGCUUCAGUAGACGAGAGGGGCGAGCUAUUUUGUAGUGGGAAGUUUGGCCACCCGGCAGAGAGGCAACAAACCGCAGUAGGCAGACACGGUGGCGGACCGACGCAAAAAGAAGGGCCCGGAAAUGCCGAAAAAUCUGCGACCACCAACGUCGACCAGUGCGUACGGACGCAUUGGGCUGGUGCCGGAAUCGGACGAUUCGCUCCACAGCCAGGAAGUGGAACCCCAGGUGACGGAGGCAUCGCUGGAGAUAUGGCGCACGCUUCCGGCCGCCAUCCGGCAGGAUCCGAGCUUGGCCUCCUUCCGGCAGGAGCACGAACGAUUACACGGUCCCGACGAGGAUCCGCUCCCGAACGAGGACGUCUCCGCGGACGAUGGCGACGAUAGCCACAGCAAGGAGUUCAUCACAAUCAAGGUCACCAACCCGGACAGCUCGGUCGAGGAUGGCAAAACGACGACGGUGGUGGCGGAGCAGAGCGAGAAGAAUGGCCAGAACAUGACGACCGACGGCGAGGGUGACGAUGGUCACGAGACGACGAUGGGCGGUCACCACGAGCACGGGAAGCUGUUCGGGUACAUUAAGAUCGGCACCCUGCUCGUCGUGUGGCUGAUCUUUACCGGCUUUCUCAUGUCGAAGCACGAGAAGGAACUUACGCCGCGGCAGCUAUCCGUACCGGAAGGAGCUUACAGGACGUACAUAUUGCCGGAACCAUCCCUAGGUCCGCGAAUCGGGAUCAAUCUUAAAGGUGCCUUUCUAAGCGAUCAGCAUCACAACAACACGAGCACGUACUUGUCAGUGAUCCUGCAGCUGCUGUACCUACCUAGCAAUAACUCCAACACGAGCUUCUUGUCCGAGUAUGAUGCCAAGUACACGGAGAACAUAACGAACGUCUGGCUGGUUCCGAUACCGAGCUCGCUCGACGCAAUCGACCAGAUGGACGAGAUGACCCGCAAGCACGUGUUCGACAUUGGUCCGAUCAACCACCAGAAGGUGACGAGCGGAAAGGCCGUCGUACGGAUGCGCCUAACCACCAACCUGGAGGCAGACUUCCCGACCAAGUUCACGUACGACCCAACGCCGAUGGACACAGAAACGGGCGUGAUCUAUGCCGCGAUCGUACUGCUCGGCCUGUACGUGCUGAUCAUCUGGGAGAUAGUGCACCGCACGUUUGCGGCCAUCAUCGCGUCAACGCUGGCAAUCGGUGUGCUCGCGGCGAUGAACGAACGGCCCAGCAUGCCGAAGCUGAUCUCGUGGAUCGACGUCGAGACGCUGCUGCUCCUGUUCGGCAUGAUGAUCCUCGUUGCAAUCCUGUCCGAGACCGGUAUCUUCGACUAUCUGGCGGUGUACGCGUACCAGGUGACGAACGGCAAGGUGUGGCCACUGAUUAACUGUCUUUGCGUCUUUACCGCCGUCAUGUCUUCGUUCCUGGAUAACGUGACGACCGUGCUGUUGAUGACACCGGUCACGAUACGAUUGUGCGAGGUGAUGGAGCUGAACCCGGUGCCGGUGUUGAUGUCGAUGGUGAUCUACUCGAACGUGGGCGGUACACUAACUCCCGUCGGUGAUCCGCCGAAUGUGAUCAUCGCCUCGAACAGUCACAUUGCGAAAAAUGGUGUCAACUUUGCUACCUUCACACUGCACAUGGCCAUACCGAUCUUCUUCGUCAUGAUCACGACCUACUUCCAGCUGCGCAUGAAGUUUAAGAACAUCAACGAUCUGCGCUUCAGCGAACCGCAGGACGUGCAGGAGAUCCGGCACGAGAUUGCCGUCUGGCAGCGGGCGGCCGCUUCACUGUCGUCCUACUCGAAGGACGAGGAUCUGGUGCGCGAAACGCUGCUGAAGAAGGUGAACCGGCUGUCGCGCUCGCUCAAGAAGAAGCUCGUCACCGGUUCGGUACCGGCCGAGAGCUACAAGGCAACGCUGGAAGAGAUGAAGCGAAAGUACCCCAUCCGAAGCAAGACAUUGUUGGUUAAGUCUGCCAUUACGCUUGCGUUUGUCAUCACCUUCUUCUUCCUCCACUCGGCACCGGACAUUCAAAAGCUGUCCCUGGGCUGGACUGCUCUGCUCGGUGCACUUUUGCUGCUCAUUCUGGCAGAUCGGGAAGACAUUGAGUCGGUAAUUUCGCGCGUGGAGUGGUCCACGCUGCUCUUCUUUGCCGCCCUGUUUAUCCUGAUGGAAGCACUUUCCGAGCUGGGGCUGAUCGAUUGGAUCGGCAAGCAGACGGAAAAUGUGAUCCUCUCCGUGUCGGAAGAAUCUCGGCUUGCUGUGGCCAUUCUCAUCAUCCUAUGGGUAUCUGCAUUCGCAUCCGCAUUUGUUGACAAUAUUCCGCUCACCACGAUGAUGGUGAAGAUUGCCAUCGGUCUUGCCGAGAACGAGGCGCUAGACCUGCCACUGCAGCCACUGGUAUGGGCGCUGGCGUUAGGAGCAUGCUUAGGAGGUAACGGCACCCUGAUUGGAGCCUCCGCCAACGUCGUUUGUGCUGGUGUUGCUGAGCAGCACGGCUAUAGGUUUACCUUUAUAGAAUAUUUCAAGGUCGGUUUCCCCGUGAUGGUCGGUAGCGUGAUCGUCUCAACCAUCUACCUUAUGUUUGCACACGUCGUCUUCACCUGGCACUAGAGAGUUUCGGGCUCGUGUGGGACAACAUUCUUGUCUACCUGUGCCUCCGUAUCGAUAUGUGCGUUUUCGCGCCUAAGAAAAACCCCCCAACCCCAUCCCAAACCCUUUAUUAGCAGGGAAUGGGAGCCUAGAAGAAGAAGAAGUAGAACAUGAGUUGCCAUUAGCAAAAACCUAUGCUGCGCAAGAGGGUGUAGCAGACAUCGUGAAGAGCGUGUAAAUUAAUCACACUACUGUAGGCACUACUACUAGAAGCUAGUAUCUAUCCUUCCCUCUCUAAUACAAUACCUGAAACAACGACAACUGGCGGUUGAUAUGACGAUCAAUUAACUUCACUCCUCACUGGGCGUUUUGCAAACGCAGCUAUAUAUGUAUAUUGUGAUAAGCUUUACCAAUAACUUCUUGGAUCCGUGUUUCUACUUCUCAACCCGCACUCACACGUACACGUCCCAGUGCGAGCGCCCUCUACAUAAGUUCAACGCCAUACCAUUAUACACAGAGAAGUUAUUCAGCUAUCCAAAACAAAAGCACAACUACUACGGAGCGGAACGGAAGUUAGAUGGAAGAUUACAUAGAGCCCAGAAGAAAACAAAAACUGCGUCUCCCUUUGUGAGGCGUUGUUGAUAAGUCAAUUUGAAGUUAGGAAAGGAAGUGAUGCGUACGGCUAAGUGCAUUUUUAGUGCAGUGGGGGGAAAACCGGGCAACAACAAAAAAAGAACGUAACUUGAACUGAGCAGACGUACGCGAUCACUUCCGGUGGGUUGCUAUGGGAUGCAUGAGAGCAAGCUAUACAGCAAAGAAGGUUUAAACUAUCCCUGGCAAGGAUACUUUCUGUGUAAAGUAUUUUAUUGUGUACUCACAACUACAGGUAUUUCUCAACGUGUUAAAUGAUGUUACUGAUGUUAUUAUGCUGUAAACAAUUGUUCACUUUGUCAUACAAUCGAUAGAAUCAAGAAAAAAAAACUACCCUUCCCCGGUUAUGAUACUGCUGAGCUAGAGCGAUCGACGAGCCUCAGAUGCAGGGUUUCUUUCCCGGUUUUUCUUUAGUCUUUCGUUUAGUUUUUUCUCCGUCUUUAUUAGUGUUGUCUCGAAAGACGUACACAGUGGAGUCGCUAUCGGUGUACGUGACCAACAAACACAAUAUUGCAAGGUUUUAAUAAUGUAUAUUUUGUUUCAUGCUAUUGCUUUUGUCCUCAAGUUACGUUUGUUACGAUUGUUUUCCUUCGGGUAAUAAAUUAUCAUCUUUCGUACUGAGGGACGCACGGACUAAGCUGUGUGUGUGUCUCCCCAGACAGAAAUGUUUAAAUGAAUGCGUGAAUAAGUUAUUUCAAAACACGAAACCAAACGCCACCCUCGGGUACGUCCUAGAUACGUUUUUAGAGCCUCGAUUCUAAGAAAGGAUCAAAACACCCUUCUAUUAAGCGAGUGGGCAGAGAAGAGAACUCAUAAAAGACAUUCCACAAAACACACACAUGGGUAUGCAGCCCAAUAAAGUAGAGCUGGCUGUAAAUGGGGUUUUGCGAGAAUGAAUGCGACAGGGGAAUAUGGAAAACCAAAACAAACAAACGGUAUGAUCAUGUAGGAUGUAGUGUUGUAGAAAUAAACUAUGCUCUGUUUUUUUGGAAUGGAAAAGCCUAUAGAAAAUGGAAAAAACAGCAAAGGAAUAGUUGGAAAUGGCAAAAAAGGAAAAUGAUUCGUGUACAGCAAGAACUUUCUGCUUCUCGCUGUAAAUGAAAAUGUGUGUGUAAAGUAAGACACGAUCGUUUAAUCGAAGAGGAAUGAAGCUGAGAAACCCUGCCCCCGUGCGGGGUUUACGCUUGUUUUGUGUAGCAAAAUUGUAGAUAGAUGGCAAAACUAAACCCGCUGCUGGAUGUUGGAGUGUGAAGGGUAAAUGAGAACAGGAGCGUACGUGUGUUUAUGUGUGUGUAAGAAGAGGGAGAAUAUUGUACAGAAUAGCAAAACGAGGAUUGAGUGGCUUUUUUUGUAUGGAUAACACGAUCAGCUUAAGGGAAAGGUGAACAAGAAAACUGUGCUUUUAAACCGAAGGUUUGGUGCAGGAUGGUAAAAAACCGGCAAAUUGUAAAUUAGUAAAAAAAACACGAUUGAUCUUGUGCGGAAUGGAUUGAUCUUCAUGCAGUAGCAAAUGAAUGGAAUCGAAUUGUUAAUGUAAUGGCACACCAAUUGAAGAAAAGAAAAGCAAGUAAUGAAGGAACGUAAAACAAAACAAACCUAAUUCUAAAUGAAACGUGAGUGAAAGCAGUACUCGGGAAUGGUUAUGGACAAGUGAAAGCACAUUUUUCGUUAAGUUUUACCGUAACAGAAAGCAUAGAAAGGUUUACAAACAAACGAAUGUAGAACAACCUGUAGCGAAGCAGCACACAUUAAUGGCGGAGCAGCAAGCUGGCAACAGUGGCACAGUGCAAAACGUGACGGAAAGGUGAAAGAGCAUCACACGUUUUGGGGUAGAGGUUGAUUGCGUGAAUUUGUUACUAUAUUGUAGUUCUACAACUAGAGAGUAGAGCCAAUGCCCGCCCCGAGUGCAGUGAACACGCGUGACGGGGAAGUGCAAGCGUGAAACGAAACGCACUGUGUGCUGGAUGAAGAGGAUGCUGGGGUGUAAAAGUAGAAAGGCAAAAACACAGCCCGACAGCCCAAAUAUGUACUAGACAAAUAAUAAAACUAUUAAAUGAAAACUCUUA